AUGACCGACCGUUCGAUAGAGUCCAAUGCCACCGCGGUAAUAUACUUGCUGGCGGGUAUUGGCUGUGGCUUGGCGCUGGACAUAACAGCCAAGUGGCUACUCACAGACUACUCGCUCGUUCAGUUUGUAUUCCUGCGCAGUGCGUUCGGUCUGAUGUUUUUUCUGCUGAUAGCCAAGCCGAUGGGAGGCCUGCGUCAGUUGACCUCCAAACGUUGGCGCUGGCAUGUCAUGCGGGCCUUGAUGGCGUGCGGCGCGAUGUUCGGUUUCUUCAAUGCACUGUCUCAUAUUCCUUUGGUCAGCGUCUUAACUAUCGCCUUUACCGCACCAUUGAUGGUCACAGCAAUGUCCGCCUGGUUCCUGAGAGAGCCGAUCGGUUGGCGGCGCUGGCUUGCCGUGCUCAUCGGGUUCGCAGGUGUACUUAUCGUGCUAAGGCCUGGCACAGGGUUGCUACACCCAUCCGCUCUUGGUGUCAUCGCUGCCGCAUUGUUCUAUGCCGGGCUGGCGAUCACAUCUAGGAAGCUAGCCGAUACCGAGAACAGCUACUCUUUAUCGGUUUACGCGAUCGUCGGGCCAUUCCUUAUUUCUUCGCUAUUGGUGCGCGAUCACUGGCAAAUGCCGGCCACCACUGAUUGGGCACUUUUUCUGUUCGCCGGGUUAUGUUCUGCUGGUGCCUGGGUAGGGAUUGUUGGCGGAUACAGACGCGCCUCACCGGCCCUGCUAGCGCCGCUGGAAUACCUCGCGCUAAUCGGUGGCGCAAUCGCCGGGUUCCUGAUCUGGGACGAGAUCCCUGACCGCUGGGUCGUGGUCGGGGGACUGGUGAUUAUUGGCAGUGGGCUAUUCGUGGUCUAUCGCGAUGUCAGUUCCGCUCUGUCGGGGCGCUUACUGCGAGCAUUCAGUGUUGGCAACACUGCACCGGCAAAACGAGAACGGGAGUGA